GCGAGGCCGGGCCGGGCCGGCGGGCCAAGAUGGCGGAGGGGGUGCUGAGCCCCGGGGUGAACCUGGAGGCCUUCUCGCAGGCCAUCACGGCCAUCCAGGCGCUGCGCUCCAGCGUGACGCGGGUCUUCGACUGCCUGAAGGAUGGGAUGCGGAACAAGGAGACGCUGGAGGGCCGCGAGAAGGGCUUCGUGGCCGCCUUCCAGGAGAGCCUGCACUCCGUGAGCCGCGACCUGAGUGAACUGGAGCGACUGAGCAAUCUAGUUGGUAAACCAUCUGAGAACCAUCCUCUUCACAACAGUGGACUGUUGAGCCUAGAUCCUGUUCAGGACAAAACACCUCUUUACAGCCAACUUCUUCAAGCCUACAAGUGGUCAAAUAAGUUGCAGUACCAUGCGGGGCUAGCAUCUGGCCUUUUGAAUCAGCAGUCUUUGAAACGUUCGGCCAACCAGAUGGGAGUAUCUGCAAAACGCAGACCCAAAGCUCAGCCGACAACUCUUGUCUUACCUCCUCAGUAUGUCGAUGAUGUGAUCAAUCGCAUUGAUAGGAUGUUCCCUGAAAUGUCUAUCCAGUUGUCCAGGCCGAAUGGAACCUCUGCAAUGCUCCUGGUUACCUUAGGAAAGGUGUUAAAAGUGAUAGUGGUGAUGCGGAGUCUCUUCAUUGACCGGACGAUAGUAAAAGGAUACAAUGAAAAUGUCUAUACUGAAGAUGGCAAGCUUGACAUAUGGUCUAAAUCCAACUAUCAAGUUUUUCAGAAGGUGACAGAUCACGCAACCACAGCGCUGUUACACUACCAGCUGCCUCAGAUGCCGGAUGUGGUGGUCAGAUCUUUCAUGACCUGGUUGAGAAGUUACAUAAAGCUGUUCCAGGCUCCGUGCCAGCGCUGCGGAAAGUUUCUGCAGGAUGGCCUGCCGCCCACGUGGAGGGAUUUCCGAACACUUGAAGCUUUUCAUGACACUUGCAGGCAGUAGCCACCCAGCCCAGCCGUCGGCGUGUAUGGACAGAGCAAUCUGUCAGGCUCUGCACAGAGCUGCUGGUUUAAUAGCUGGUUCCAUUUCUGAACCUUUUAUCCUGGGCUAAGUAGUAAGGUUGCACUAAUACAUUUGACUGUUUAAUAGCCAUCGCUCUAAAGGUACAUGAGUCUAACGGUGUACCGGCAACAAGGGUGAGAAGCUGUGUGAUUGCUUGAUGCUUCCAUGCAUGUUAUGUUUAGGGUCUGAUGCUUGUAAUCAUUAUCCUAAACAAUCCUUAAACAAUAAGAAUACCUGUGUACAGUAUGUUUUGCCACAGAAUUUGCAAUGAUGAAGACUUUUAUAAGCUUGAAAUAAAUUGUGAAUUCCAGAA